AUGAUGAGCUUUGUGCAAAAGGGGACCUGGCUACUUCUUGCUCUGCUUCAUCCCACUAUUAUUUUGGCACAACAGACCCAAGAAGUCGUUGACGGAGGAUGCUCCCAUCUUGGUCAGGUUUAUGCAGAUAGAGACAUCUGGAAGCCAGAACCAUGCCAAAUAUGCGUCUGUGACUCAGGAGCUGUUCUCUGCGAUGACAUAAUAUGUGAUGAACAAGAAUUAGACUGUCCAAGCCCAGAGAUCCCAUUUGGAGAAUGUUGCGCAGUUUGCCCACAGCCUCCAACAGCUCCUACUCGCCCUACUGAUGGUCACGGAGUUCAAGGCCCCAAAGGAGAUCCAGGCCCUCCUGGUAUUCCUGGGAGAAAUGGUGACCCUGGUAUUCCUGGACAACCAGGUUCCCCGGGUGCCCCUGGCGCCCCUGGCGUCUGUCAAUCAUGUGCUCCUGGUGGUCAGAACUAUUCCCCCCAGUUUGAUUCAUAUGACGUCAAGGCUGGUGGAGCAGGAGCGCUGGGAGGAUAUCCUGGGCCAGCUGGUCCCCCAGGCCCUCCUGGUCCCCCCGGUACAUCUGGCCAUCCUGGUGCCCCUGGUUCUCCAGGAUACCAAGGUCCCCCUGGUGAACCCGGACAAGCUGGUCCUUCAGGCCCUCCAGGACCUCCUGGUGCUAUAGGUCCAGCUGGUCCUGCUGGAAAAGAUGGAGAAUCAGGAAGACCUGGACGAACUGGAGAGAGAGGACUGCCUGGACCUCCAGGUAUCAAAGGUCCUGCUGGCAUGCCUGGAUUCCCUGGUAUGAAAGGACACAGAGGAUUUGAUGGACGAAAUGGAGAAAAAGGUGACACAGGUGCUCCUGGAUUAAAGGGUGAAAAUGGUCUUCCUGGUGAAAAUGGAGCUCCUGGACCAAUGGGUCCAAGAGGGGCUUCUGGUGAAAGGGGACGACCUGGGCUUCCUGGAGCUGCGGGAGCUCGAGGCAAUGAUGGUGCUCGAGGUAGUGAUGGUCUACCAGGCCCCCCCGGUCCUCCAGGAACUGCGGGUUUCCCUGGUUCCCCUGGUGCUAAGGGUGAAGUUGGACCUGCAGGGUCUCCUGGUUCAAAUGGCUCCCCUGGACUAAGAGGAGAACCUGGACCUCAGGGACAUGCUGGUGCUCCAGGUCCUCCUGGUCCUGCUGGGAGUAACGGUAGUCCUGGUGGUAAAGGUGAAAUGGGUCCUGCUGGCAUUCCUGGAGCUCCAGGGUUGAUGGGAGCUCGAGGUCCUCCAGGACCAGCUGGUACUAAUGGCAUUCCUGGACUUCGAGGUGCUGCAGGUGCCCCUGGAUUCCGAGGACCUGCUGGUGCCAAUGGCCUUCCAGGAGAAAAGGGUCCUGCUGGGGAACGUGGUGGUCCAGGUCCCGCUGGGCCCAGAGGAACUCCUGGAGAACCUGGCCGAGAUGGUCUACCUGGAGGUCCAGGAAUGAGGGGUAUGCCCGGAAGCCCAGGAGGUCCAGGCAGUGAUGGAAAACCAGGCCCUCCAGGAAGUCAAGGAGACAGUGGCCGACCAGGUCCUCCAGGUCCAUCUGGUCCCCGAGGCCAGCCUGGUGUCAUGGGUUUCCCUGGUCCUAAAGGAAAUGAUGGUGCUCCUGGCAAGAAUGGAGAACGAGGUGGCCCUGGAGGACCCGGACCUCAGGGUCCUGCUGGAAAGAAUGGUGACACUGGACCUCAGGGUCCCCCAGGACCUACUGGGCCAUCUGGUGACAAAGGAGAACCAGGGCCAGCUGGUCUACCUGGAGCACAAGGUUUGCCUGGUACUGCUGGUCCUCCAGGAGAAAAUGGAAAACCCGGUGAACCAGGUCCAAAGGGAGAUUCUGGCUCGCCUGGAACUCCAGGAGGCAAGGGUGAUGCUGGUGCCCCUGGUGAACGUGGACCCCCUGGACAGGGCGGGCCCCCAGGAAUUAGAGGUGGAGCUGGCCCCCCUGGUCCUGAUGGAGGAAAGGGCCCUCCUGGUCCCCCUGGGCCACCUGGUACUUCUGGUUCUCCUGGUCUACAAGGGAUGCCUGGUGAAAGAGGAGGUCCUGGAGGGCCAGGCCCAAAGGGUGAUAAGGGUGAACCAGGCAGCUCAGGUGCUGAUGGUGCUGCAGGGAAAGACGGUCCAAGGGGUCCUGUUGGUCCCAUUGGUCCCCCUGGCCCACCUGGACAGAAUGGAGAUAAGGGUGAAGGUGGUGCCCCUGGACUCCCAGGUCCAACAGGACCCCGUGGUGGCCCUGGUGAGAGAGGUGAACACGGGCCUCCAGGACCUGCUGGUUUCCCUGGUGCUCCUGGACAGAAUGGUGAACCUGGUGGUAAAGGAGAAAGAGGUGCUCCUGGUGAGAAAGGAGAAGGAGGCCCUCCUGGAGCUGCAGGACCCCCUGGAGGCUCUGGUCCCGCUGGUCCUCCUGGUCCUCAAGGCGUCAAAGGUGACCGUGGCAGUCCUGGUGGUCCUGGUGCUGCUGGCUUCCCUGGUGGUCGUGGUCUUCCUGGUCCUCCUGGUAAUACUGGUAACCCAGGACCUCCUGGCAGCAGUGGUGCUCCAGGCAAGGAUGGGCCCCCAGGUCCUCCUGGCAGCAAUGGCUCUCCUGGCAACCCUGGGGUGUCUGGACCAAAAGGUGAUGCUGGCCAACCAGGUGAGAAGGGACCACCUGGAGCCCAAGGUCCGCCGGGAUCUCCAGGCCCACUUGGAAUUGCAGGGAUUACCGGAGCAAGAGGUCUUGCAGGACCACCAGGCAUGCCAGGUGCUAGGGGAAGUCCUGGCCCACAAGGCGUCAAGGGUGAAAAUGGGAAACCAGGACCUAGUGGCCACAAUGGAGAACGUGGGCCUCCUGGACCCCAGGGUCUUCCUGGUCUUGCUGGUACAUCAGGUGAACCUGGAAGAGAUGGAAGCCCUGGAUCAGAUGGUCUGCCAGGUCGAGAUGGAUCUCCUGGUCCCAAGGGUGAUCGUGGUGAAAAUGGUUCUCCUGGUGCCCCUGGUGCUCCUGGCCAUCCAGGCCCACCUGGUCCUCUUGGUCCAGCUGGAAAGAGUGGUGACAGAGGAGAAAAUGGUCCUGCUGGCCCUGCCGGUGCACCAGGACCUGCUGGUGCUCGAGGCCCUGCUGGUCCUCAAGGCCCACGUGGUGAUAAAGGUGAAGCAGGUGAACGUGGUUCCACUGGCAUCAAAGGCCAUCGAGGAUUCCCUGGCAGUCCAGGUGCCCCAGGUUCUCCAGGCCCUGCUGGUCACCAAGGUGCAAUUGGUAGUCCAGGACCUGCAGGCCCCAGAGGACCUGUUGGACCCAGUGGAGCCCCUGGCAAAGAUGGAACAAGUGGACAUCCAGGUCCCAUUGGUCCACCAGGACCUCGGGGUAGUAGAGGUGAAAGAGGAUCAGAGGGUUCCCCAGGCCACCCAGGACAACCAGGCCCUCCUGGACCUCCUGGUGCCCCUGGUCCAUGUUGUGGUGCUGGAGUUGCUGCCAUCUCUGGUGUUGGGGCUGAAAAGGCUGGUGGUUUUGCCCCAUAUUAUGGAGAUGAACCAAUGGAUUUUAAAAUCAACACUGAAGAGAUUAUGUCUUCACUCAAAUCAAUUAAUGGACAAAUAGAAAACCUCAUUAGCCCCGAUGGUUCUCGUAAAAACCCUGCUCGGAAUUGCCGAGACCUGAAAUUCUGUCAUCCUGAACUCAAAAGUGGAGAAUAUUGGGUUGAUCCUAAUCAAGGUUGCAAGUUGGAUGCUAUCAAAGUAUUCUGUAAUAUGGAAACUGGGGAAACAUGCAUCCAUGCCAGUCCUUUGACUAUUCCACGUAAGAACUGGUGGACAGAUUCUGGUGCUGAGAAGAAACACGUUUGGUUUGGAGAGUCCAUGGGUGGUGGUUUUCAGUUUAGCUAUGGCAAUCCUGAACUUCCUGAAGAAAUACUCGAUGUCCAGCUUGCAUUCCUCCGACUUCUCUCCAGCCGGGCCUCACAGAACAUCACAUACCACUGCAAGAACAGCAUUGCAUACAUGGAUCAGGCCAGCGGAAAUGUAAAGAAAGCCCUGAAGCUGAUGGGGUCAAAUGAAGGCGAAUUCAAGGCUGAAGGAAACAGCAAAUUUACAUACACAGUUCUGGAGGAUGGUUGCACUAAACACACUGGGGAAUGGGGCAAAACAGUCUUUGAAUAUCGAACACGCAAGGCUGUGAGACUACCUAUUGUAGACAUUGCACCCUACGAUAUUGGUGGUCCUGAUCAAGAGUUCGGUGCGGACAUUGGCCCUGUUUGCUUUUUAUAAACUAAAUUCUAUCUGAAAACCCAGCAAGAAAUUUCACACUCCAUAUGUGUUCCUCUUGUUCUAAUCUUGUCAACCAGUACAAGUAACCAACCAAUUUCCAGUUAUUUAUUUCCAAAAUUUUGGGGAAAAGUGUAAUUUGAGAAAAAAA